GCGUUUUUUUUUUUACACAAUUUGUUUAGCCCCCUUUGCACAAUAGAGGUGUAAUCUAUAGCGGAGCUAUGCCUCAGCUCUCUGGAGCAGGAGGAGGUAAUGGGGGUGGAGGAGAUCCUGAAUUAUGUGCCACAGACGAGAUGAUCCCAUUCAAGGAUGAAGGGGAUCCUCAAAAGGAGAAAAUCUACGCCGAGAUUAGCCACCCGGAGGAGGAGGGAGACCUGGCAGACAUCAAGUCUUCUUUAGUCAACGAGACUGAAAUCAUUCCAAACAGCCACGAGCACUCCAGAAGAAGGCAAGACAUUUACCAUGAAAAAUCUAGAGAUCAUCCAGAUGAUGCUGGAAAACAUUCGGAUGGUGGUUUGUACAGCAAAGGCCAUUCGUAUCCUGGAUAUCCAAGUUAUAUCAUGAUGCCAAAUAUGAAUACAGACCCAUACAUGUCAAAUGGAUCUUUGUCUCCACCCAUUCCAAGAACAUCAAACAAGGUCCCAGUAGUGCAACCGUCACAUGCUGUCCACCCGCUUACACCUCUCAUCACAUACAGCGACGAGCACUUUGCACCAGGAGCUCAUCCAUCACAUAUCCCUUCAGAUGUUGGCUCAAAACAAGGCAUUCAUCGGCGCCCCCAGGGUCCAGAUUUACCUACUUUCUACCCCCUAUCUCCAGGAGGUGUAGGACAGAUGGCACCAUCACUUGGAUGGUAUUCACAUCACAUGGUUCCUGGACCUCCGGGGCCUCACGCAACUGGAAUCCCUCAUCCUGCUAUUGUCAAUCCUCAGGUUAAACAAGAGCAUUCACACAGCGACAAUGAGCUAAUGCAUAUGAAAUCUCAUCAUGAACAGAGAAAGGAGCAGGAGCCAAAAAGACCUCAUAUAAAGAAACCUCUGAACGCUUUCAUGCUGUAUAUGAAAGAAAUGAGAGCAAACGUAGUAGCAGAGUGUACACUUAAAGAAAGUGCCGCCAUCAAUCAGAUUCUUGGCAGACGGUGGCAUGCUUUAUCCCGUGAGGAACAGGCUAAAUAUUAUGAAUUAGCCCGCAAAGAAAGGCAGCUACACAUGCAGCUUUAUCCAGGAUGGUCUGCAAGAGACAACUACGGUAAAAAAAAGAAGAGAAAGCGAGAAAAGCUCCAGGAAUCCACUUCAGGAGGAAAAAAGAAUACAUUCUCAACGUGUAAAGCAAAGGCAGCAACAGCAGGAGGCCUCCUGGAGAUGGAAGCUUGUUAAAACGUCACAACUUCUUCAUAACCAGCAUCGCCAUUUCCCAAGGAGCCUGCCAAUGACCUUGACCUGUCAUUGCUAGAGACACUAUACCGUAUAGACAAUCACUGCCUGAAGUUUGGCAUCCUGGUACCUGCCAGGCCUUCACAUAAUGCUACUAGAUCUAUACCCCCAGGGUAGGAAGACUUUGGAUUCUUGGCAAAGGUGCAACGUCCAUAUAUUUUAUUAUCUUUUUUUUCCUUCUAAUUCAUAUCUUGCCUUCCUACCUGCUGGAAUACAUACAUAUGUGAAGUUCUCUAUUUAAUCCAGCCACAGACCAAACAGAGUUCUGAUCUUGGACAUAAAACAAUGAGGAGACAUUCUGUCUCUUGCUAACCUCGUUUAUUUAAAAAUGGAGCAAAAGGAUCAAUUUUUUUUUUUUUAUUUCAUCAUUGUAUUGCGUAUUCUCCAUAAAACUUGAAUGUUUUUAUAUAUCAGAAUUUAGGAUUGAUGUAUAUUUUAUUAGUUGGGGUAUAAACAGAGUCUGCUUUUCCUGCAAAAAAGACAAACCUUUUUUUUUUUUUUUUCUGCUUGAAAACCUGGAUAUUUUAAGAAUUGUCAUGUAUCUUUGGUCUUGACUAGCACAUGUGGAAAUCAAACACGUUUUCUGUUAUAUCUUAGUUGUGUCUGAAUUGUUACAAACAUUGCUGUUUGUUUUUUCUCCUGAUGUUUUUGUACAACUGGUGAUGAUUGGAAGAUGCCAUUCAGCAUAGCAUCUCAUAAAAAUUGGGUUCAGUUGUAAAAUGCAUCAGCCCUUCACCCUUUUGCUGGCAAAGGGGCCUCCGAACCACACAAUAGUGCCUCUUACAGCAAAAGAGUCUCUCUCUCUCUUUUAUUUUUUAUUUUUAUUUUUUAUUUUUCUCCUAAUAAUCCGUACUCAACGUUUUGUGUGUGUGUCAAAUGCAUAUUUAAUAUAAAAAAAAAAUCAUUUUGUAAGAGUCCUUUGCUCAUUUGGAGACCGGUAAGAUGCUUCACGAGGACAGGACAAUGUAUCCCUCUUCUUUCAUUGUGAAGAAAGCCCAGCACUUGGAUUCAUUGUAACAAUGUCAGUUGUACUGUAUUGUACUUGGUUUUGUAUAUUCUUCCUCUAAUAGCCUUUAGUGGGAUUUGAUGCCAGUUGUUUGGGAAAAAAAAGCAUUUUAAUGUGUACCCCUUCUUUAAUUGCAAGGCAUAGGCUUUGCCCACCCCGCCCCAAAAUAAUUGUCAACAAAACUUUUCUCUUUUUUUUUUCUUUUUCUUCUUUUUUUUUUUUGUCAUUCCAAUAUGAGUUGAUGU